AUCUCUCCGUCCCCGUCUUUCCCUGUAGACUGAUGUCUCAUCUCUCCGUCCCUGUCAUUCCCUGUAGACUGAUGUCUCAUCUCUCCGUCCGUGUCAUUUCCUGUAGAUGGAGUUGAGUGCAGUAGCAGCGUUGUGUGAAGUGACAGGGAUGAAAGAUCCUCUGGUUUUGAAAUUCUUCUCUAAAGCCCAGAGACUCAACGUCUCAUACUCUCUACCUAGAGACAGUCCUGGAUUCGAUGAAGAUGACCCUGCUGCAUCGUUGGUUCUGGACUUUGGAGACAAAGUCCUGUUGAAGCGACCAAUCACCAAGCAGCUGGUUAUAACCAAUCACACAGCAAUCCCAGCCCCCUUCACCCUGGAGGCGGAGUACUUCACUGGACACGCCCCUUCACCACCAGCCGGCCAAUCGCAGCAGAGGGGCCUGUAUGUAAGGAAGCCUUUACACUCUGUCCAAGCUAAGAAAGUAGAGGAGAAGGCACAGGAAGGGUUUGUGAGUGGGCUGUUGGCCCAUGGGAAGGGCGCAGCGUUCUUCGUCCAGCCAGACUGUGGCAUUCUGGGAGCGUUUGAGACUCAAACCAUCGACAUCACAUCCUUCACCAACAUGUGGGGGGAAUAUAGAGACCAGCUCAUCUGUAAGGUUGGUGACCUCCAGCCCAAGCUGAUCCCCAUUCAGAUGACAGUGCUGGGCUGUCCUCUUUACUUCCAGAUGAUUGGUCCACAGCCAGACAGACAGAACCAGGGACCAAUCGUACGGUUUGGUACGCACGUCUCUGGAGGAGACACAGUGUCCCGCUCUCUACGUCUGAACAACACAAGCCCCUACGAUAUCCGUAUGGAUUGGGUGAGCUACAACGUGGACCAGGAGGACAGGAAGCUGCUGGAUGUGGUGGUUGCCUACGGAGACGCCUUUCCCCCGAAGGACGCAGACGGCAAUGAGGUGGUCGGGGGCGGGGCCAUGUCUAAUGAUACUCCGCCCACUUGGGACCGGAGCCAAACACCCAGCACUGAGGGAACAAGCUCCUCCCUCAAGGGCAAGUCUGACCUUGAGGAGGAGGAGGAGGAGGAGGAGGAGGAGGAGGAAGGAGCUCUCCACUCUGCUCCUCAGAAGAGGCUCUUCUCUGUCUUCAUCAGGCCGCAUGAAGGCAACGCCUCCGACUACCCAUACUGCAUCACUCCACAGCAGAUAGAUGUUCCAGCAGGGGGCAGCAGCACCAUCCACGUCUCCUUCACUCCCCUGACCCUGUCAGAACCGACCUCUAACGCUGCCUGUGUAUCCUUCGCUCUGGGCUUCAUGAGCCUUGACUCCAAGGUGUCGUCCUGUAUCCCGGGUAAGGUUCAAAGGGCUCAGGGUCAGGAUCUGGAACCUCUCAGAUUGGACCUCCAGGCCUCCGUCAGACCUGCCGUCCUGUCAGUGCAGAUGGAGGAGGAAGAGGAGUGCCUGGAGUUCUGUGCUGUGGCUAGUGAUUUAAUACAGGGCGAGCCACACAAUGAGAUGGUACAGAGGAAGUGUUCCAUCACACGGACGUUCCAGUUGAAGAACAGUACAGAGAUGCCUCUGAGUUUCAGGCUGAGCACCCAGCCUCCCUUUUCUGUACUGCAGCCUAGAGGUGGUGUCGGGACAGCCGGCUGCUCCUCCCACAGCCUCCCAUCUGGGGAGAACCAGCUACUGCUGCUGCAGCCACGACACAACAAGCAGGUGAAGGUGGCGUUCCACAGCUCUCUAUCCAUGCUGGCCUAUCUGAGGCAGUCUGCAGAGGAAGUCCCGCCCAACGUGUCUCUGGUUACCAAUGAGAGUGGAGAGAGGAAGCUGAGGUUCCUGCAGACCCUGUCGGUGCAUUACAACAACAACAGUCUGCAGACCGUGCCACUCUGUGCCCACCUGUCCCUGCCCACUCUAAGUCUGUCCUGUGACAGUCUGGACUUCGGUACCUGCUACGUGGGUCAGACCCUGGUCAAGGAGGUCCAUCUUUCCAACCGAGGAGGCUCCUCUAGCUACUGGAGAAUACUCAUAGACUCUGGUGAGGAGGAGGAAGGGUCAGAGUUCAGAGUGACUCCUGACUGUGGGGUCCUGAAGCCGUUGGAGUAUCCUGUCUCCUCUUGCACACAGCCCCUACAGAUCAGUUUCACAGCCAGCAAUGAGAGGGAGUUCCAAGCCACAGCCAUAGUGGAGGGGGUCCUGGGGGAGCCCCCCUUAUCGCUACACGUCCAGGGACGCGGCUCCUUCGACGAGAGAUUUGUGUCUCCACUAGCCGACAUUUAGC